AUGAUUGAUCUGUCCCCAAAUUUGGGCGCAUUGGCUGCCACCGCCACGGAAAACCGCUCCACCAUCUUCACCGUCCUGCUCGGCGCAAUCCCAGUUUACGCCACGCUUCGCUGCUUCUACCUGCUGUAUCUGCACCCUCUAUCGCGAUUUCCCGGGCCCCGCAUUGCCGCUGUGUCCAACACCUGGUAUGCCUAUCACUGGCUUUCCGGGAAGUGGCCUUGGGUCGUAGAAAAUGCCUUGCGCGAGUACGGUGAUGUCGUACGCAUUGCGCCAAGUGAACUCGUCUUCUUCACGCCCCAGGCAUUUCGCGAUAUCUACCAGUCUACCCAGAAAGGACUUGAAACAUUCGUCAAGUCCGACUUUCAGAACCGAGGCGAUGAUCUGGGGGGCGUGGUGUGGGAGGAGGACCCAGUGCGUCACCGAGCGGUGGCCAAGCAGCUUGCCCCUUUAUUCACUGCUCGCCAUAUCCGAUCCAUGGAACCCGUGAUAUCAAAGCAUAUCGACUACUUCAUCAAACGGCUGAGAGAAGUCGGUUCAGAUGGGAUUGAUAUCUGUGAAUGGAGCCACUGGUACAAUAUGGAUCUUGCCGCAGACCUAUCAUGGAACGAGGAGACUCAUCAGAUGAGAGACGAAAAGAGAUCUGUUUAUCUAGAUGUUCUCCUCGGGUUCAACAAAUUCGCCACCGUCCUGCAAGUCUUCAAGCGCUUCCCCCUCAUAAAACCACUACAGUACUGCUUCCUACCCAUCAGCAAGAUAUCGAGCAUCGCGCAGAUCGAAGCGGCAGUGAAGAAAGGUGUUCUGCAACGAAUUGAGAGGCGUGGCACUCUCGAGCAUCCCGAUUACUUUGACUGCAUCCUCCCUGGCGAGAAGCCGCUACCAGCAGACAAGAAGGAAAGCUAUUUGAUUGGUUCUCUUGCGUUGCAGGUCAUGUUUGCCAACUUCAGCGCGCUUUCCGACUGGCUAUACGGCACAAUCUACUUACUAACGGAUGAUGAGGGGCAAGAAUGCUACAAGGAACUCGUUGCCGAGAUAAGGGGCGCAUUUGAAAGCUUUGAUGACAUCAACGCAACAGCACUCGCUUCUCUACCCUACCUGCAAGCAUGCCUUGAGGAAUCACUGCGCUUGAUCCCGGGUGGUCUCCACACAGGGUUGCCUCGUCUGAGCCCUGGUGCUACCGUUGAUGGCCACUACAUCCCAAAGGGGACUCACGUUCAGUCGAGCAUAUUCGCCUACUCCCGUAGUCCACGAUACUUCCACGAAGCGAAGAAGUUUCGACCUCAGCGGUGGCUCCCUCCCACUCACAAACUGUACGACACGGCCUUCAAGGAUGAUGUUCUGCGAGGAGCGUCUCCCUUUAGCUUGGGACCGCGGGCCUGCUCAGGUCGCGAGACUGGUUGGGUCCAGGGUCGGUUCACUGUCGCGAAACUCUUGUGGACCUUUGACAUAGUCAGAGUGCCCGGCCAGGAUAUUGACUUCGACAGAGACUUCGUCCAUUUUGGCUUUCUUGACAAGCCUGAGCUAAAGGUGACAUUUACACCGCGGUUUGGUUAA